AUGGACAAUUCUCCAAGAAACCUACUAAUGUACUUCAGCAAUGUGGCUUACCCUCUUGAAUCCUUCUUCCACACUGUUAUUUGCAACUCAGCUGACUUCCAAAACACCACAGUGGACAAUGAUUUAAGCUACAUUAUUUGGGACACUACACAUGGUGAAGCCAAUGUCCUAAACAUGUUACACUAUGAUAAAAUGGUAGCUAGUGGGACAGUUUUUGCAAGGCCAUUUCAAGAAGGUGAUCAGGUGCUAAACAAAAUCGAUAACAGUGUCUUAAACUGUCUGCCAAAUGGGUUGUUUCCUGGAGAAUGGUGCUUAGACAAAGGAAUGAAUAGAAGCACAGAGACUUCAAAGCAGCAUGAGGAAUUUUUUUCAACUUGGGGCAACAUUAAUGCUAUAAAGCCAAGGUCUUAUGGCAUCAAACUUGGAGUUCUCUUGUCUGAACUUGCUAGGGAAGGGACACUCAGUACUAGUCCAUGCAGACAACAGUCAGAAAGUAGAAAUAUUACAAGAACCAUGAGAUGUGGAAAUUUUUUCGAAAUUUGA